CGCCGCCGCGCUGGGCGUCCGGAGGAUGCGGCCCGGACCCCGGGGUCGCGGCCAGCCCGGGCAGCCUCUUCUGCCCACCGCCCGCCGCCGGCCUCCAUCGGGAGCCCCUUGCCUACGAGGCUCGGUGGCUGUCCGAGCCCGGGUCGGGGAGGCCGCACGGUACCUUUCCUUGCGGAGCCCGGGAGCGUCUUCGCGAGCGGCCUCGGCCUCUCCGCCUCCCCUCCUCCGCAGCCACUGGGCUUCCUCCUGCAGCCGCCGCCGGGACCGUAGGGCCGAGCCAGCCGCCGGGGCCUGUGCGGGGGCCCCGCUCCGCCUCGCGUCCCCGGCCCACCCCGCCUGGGUGCUCCGCCCCGGGCCCGCCCACCGGGGGCGGGGAGCCCGAGGCCACCCAGCCUGGAGUUGCCCGCGGCACAGCCACCUGCACUCCCCUAUCUCGCAAAAGGGACGCCUCACCCACCUAUCCGCCCAGAAACAGAGCCAGCCCCGCGACGCCCCGCCCUGCAAAGCAGACGAGGUCUUCCGGCACUGUCAGAGCGCUGCGCCCACCUCAGUUUACCCAGACUCUGCCGCCCUUUUGAAAAGAAGAAAGGGCCCCUCUUGUCCUGGACUGUCUCUCGUCCUGCAGGUCUCAGCACUGAAAGCUGGAAUUGAGCCACGUAGGAAGGUGGAUCAGGCCCCAAGAAGGUCCUUGUGGCUAUCCUGAAUGGAGAAACCUGGGAAGGAAGGACAGUCCGGAAGUCUUUCAAAGUGGGUCAGGGCAAAGAGCAAUACAUAACGCUCAAUAUUCAAAUUCAGAUUCAAGAGAUGUAUAGAAGGAUGCAUUUGAAAAAUGUUACUUGCCUUGCAGUGUGUGUGUGAAAGAUUUAUGUUGUGAUCAUAAAAAGAAAAAGAGCUAUAGGAAUAUGUUCUGGCCUGGCAACAAUUUGAGAAUUCCUUUAAAUGGCAAUCUAUUCCCCAUGUAGAUUUAUAGAUCAGUAGGAGGGCAGAGCACCAGAACUCAGAGCACUAGGAAAGGCUGCCUGGGAGGACGGCUACCCUGCUCGCCUGGACUUGCUCAUGCAUAUGCCCUUGGCUCCUUCCCCCUCAUUCAGUGCUUCUAAACUUUCAGAAACACUGGAGGGCUUGUGAGAAACUGAGCAAACCAGGCUGCACCCACACAGUUUCUGGUUCAGUAGCGGGGGAGGGGCAGUGGUCUGCAUUUCUGAGUUCCCAGGUGCUGCUGAUACUGCUGGACCAUGAGCUAGCUCACCUUGAGAGACGCAAGUGCAGGUGGCCCUCGACCUUUGCUCUCCUCACACACCCCGUAGCUAAGGACCAGGGAGGCUGCUUUAUAUUCAGGCCUCGAGGCUUCCCAGAGCAUGGCCCCUUCGGCCCACUGUCCUUCUCCUCGGAGUUGUCUUUCUCAGUCUCUACAGUGACUUCCUUUUACUCUCCUAAGUGUUCAGAAGCCUCUUAGAUCCCCUAUCCAUCUGGUGACCCAACUUCACACCCCACUGAGAAAACAGAAGCCAUUGUUGUGCUUCAUUGCAGUGCUAAACAUCAUGACCAAAAGCAUCUUGUAACUCUCAGGCCCCCAUCUCUGAGGGAAGUCAGGAACUCAAAGCAGGGACCUAGAGGCAGGAACUGAAGUAGACGUUAAGGGGGACCACUACUUACUGGCUCACUCCUCCACGGCAUGCUCAAUCUGCUUUCUUAAACAACCCAGGACCAUAUGCCCAGAGGUGACAGCAAUCCCAGUAUGCUAGACCCUCCUACAUGAAUCAUGAACCAAGAAAUUGUCCCACAAGCUUGCCCAUAGGCCAAUCUGAUGGAGCCAUGUUCUCAACUGAGGUUACAUCUUCAUAGAUGAGACUUGGUUUGUGUCAAGUUGCCAAAAAUCAACCGGUACAGACAUGAGCUUCUCGUUAGCACAUCUCCAGCUUCACCCAUGUCAGGACCGAAGUCUCUUCUGGAAAGUACAGGGGUGCCCUGCUUCCACCAAAGGUCCUCACACCAUUCAUGUCCCUCCUUCAAGUUCUCCCCCCUCUCCUGUUUAGUCCCGCCAUUCUUUCUCCGGUAAGCCAUUCCACAUGCACAAAAUCUCAUCUAAAAAUAACCAAGGGUGGGAGUGUAGCUCGGUAGUAGAACAUGCCUGCAUGCCAUGCACAGGGAGUGUAAAUCAAUAAAAAAAAAAAAAUACCCGAGACCACACUCAACCUCAGACUGAGUCUCCAGCUGCCGCACCACCCCCCAGUUCACAGCAGAACUUUCUUCAAAGUGUUGUGGGGGGUUCCCUUGACAAAACACCAAACAAUCUCACAUGGCCACAUCUGGUAACUGUUGCCUCUAUGGCUGCCUUCCACAGGGAAGGCUUUUUGCUUGUGGCUAAUUUUAACCCUAUACUUUCUUGCCUGCUUCUCCUUCAUGGACACCAGCGGCUCCGUGCUAUGGGUAGAUGCUGACCUCCAACACCCCUUCCUGACAUGUUCUCUGGCCUCGUGGCUCCAAUAUGGCACCUACUAAGUCUUUACUGCCAGCUUGGCUUACUACCUGAUCCAUCUUAGCAUGUCCCCAAGUCAAACUUUAUUCCCUUUCCAUGUACAUAUUAAAAUGUAUGUUUAUUAGGGCAAGUGAGAUGGGUCAGCUUUGAAAACCUAAGAACCUGAGUCAUAUCCCCAGGACCCACGUAAAGGUAGAAGAAAGCCAACUCUACAAAGCCAUCCAACUGAAAAACACACCAUGGUUCACAUUCUCUUCCCCCACGGUAAUAUAACUAGUAAUUAAGUAUAUAAUACCAUAUUAAUUAUAUCAUUUCAAAUGUAUAGUUCAAUAGCUUUGAAUAUACUCACAGUUUGGAUAACUAUUUUGUCUACCCACAUCCAGAACUUUCCAUUGUCCUAAAGAAAAAUCCUGUGUGCAUUAAACACUAACCCCAGUCUUGUCUCAGCCUCUGGUAAUUGUAAUUCUGCAUUCUGUCUCAUUAAAUCUCACAACUGUGGGCAGCU